AUGGAGUCAGUAGUCGCCGUCCACACGAACGAGGGCAGCCCAGAAGCGCAAUCUGCUCUGGCCGCGCUCGCAGCCACUCUGAACAUCAAUGAGAACGCGCUAAAGACGGCUCUCAAUGGCGCGUUCGAUCUACUGCCCGCGGCCGCAGGUAAUACAAUGCUUGCGCUGCAAAUGAGCUUCCAACGGCUGUCGUACCACAUUGACAGCAAGGCUUUGGUCGAGAUCAUCAUGACAUUUCGACGACGAUUCGGCGGCGCUCUGAGUAUGGAACGAGGUUACCAAGGUCCUAUAAUGGCUAGCCAGAGGAACGAGGCGCUCUCGGUACUUCCAGGCGGUCCAUAUUUCGGUCGGUAUCAUAUCAUGGCCAAUAACUCGGACUCCAACAGCCCCAAUCACGGAGAACCUUCUGGUGGUGCUGGAUAUCGCCCCCUGAAAUACCUGGACGAAUCUCUGUUCCCCAACAACGACGGGGACUUCGCACCUUCAUUCAUGCAGCCACGUGGACCAGCCAGUCGCCUACACUCUCGACCCCCAGCGGCGAAUCCACCCCCAUGGGAAGACCCGGCUCAGGCUUGGCGUCCUGGUGUCUUCAACUUCACUGGACAGCCGCAAGCUCCAGUAGAUCUUCAGAAGCGUGAGCCAGGCACCUUCCCGAUUCCAGUUCCUAGUAGCCGUGAUAGUGCCAUGCGAGGUACACCUGUGGCUCCUCGAAAGACCGUGAAAGCCCCAUCACCUAGCAGCAAUGGUGAAUUCGUGUUCACCGGCUGGAACGACGAAGCCAAGCGAGAGCUCUUCAUGUGGAAAGUAAAGCGCAAGAAGGGCUACCCUUUCUUUUUGCAUCUCUUUCCUGGUGAGACUGCGGAUUCACUACACGAGGCGUUCAAGUUGUACAAAAAUGAAGGAGAGCGUUUGUUGAACGGAUAA